AUGUCUGUAUUACCAGAAGGUAUACCUUCCGGGUCUCGCAAACCUUUAUCAGUCAUGGAACUUCUGUUCCCAAGCAGUACACCGCAUCGUCCCCAUUUGAAUUAUGGUUACAGUCAAGAAGAUAUCUUCUCUAAGACUCUUUCUGACGGAAUAACUCAUACAAGAAUAAUCACAAGUGAAAAUACGUCCCUUAAACGUCAGUUACCUUCAACAGCUGAUGUUUCCGAAAGUGUUAUUCCACAUCAGGUUAGUGAAAAGUUGGAGAUGUCCCUCACAAACCCUCCAAAGAACAAAUGGAGAGUCAUUGCUAUAAUGGCUUUUAUGUUUUCCUUAGGAAUGAAUGAUGGCGCUCCAGGUGCAUUAAUUCCAAGUAUCGAAGAACAAUAUCACAUUACAUAUUCUGUGGUUUCAUUGAUCUGGAUGGGAGGUGCUGCAGGAUACAUUCUUGUUGCAUGCUUAUCUCAUAAGAUCCAAAACUGGAUUGGUACCAAACAAAAAACCUAUAUUAUUGGGUGCACUUUGUUUGCAAUCAUGCAUUCCAUUGUAGCAGCAGCUGGAGGUGGUAAGUUUCCUCCUUUGGUUUUGGCCUUCUUCCUUGGGGGAAUGGGUUCGGCAUUAUUAGCUUCUGAAGUGAAUAUAUUUCUAUCAAGAUUAGCUAAGCAAUCGAAAUACUUGGGGCUUUGUCACGCAAUGUAUGGUGCUGGAGCAACAGUAUCACCCACUAUUGCCACUGUUAUGAUUGAAAGAGGUAUCAAAUGGUCUCGGUUUUAUUUAAUUUCAGUGUCAUUAAUGGUCAUUAAUUGCAUUAAUCUUACUUGUGCAUUUAAGGGAGCAGAACAAGAUUUGAGCUAUUGGUAUGGUGACCAUGAUGAAGUGGUUCAUCGCCCUCCACAUUCACCUACGGAAGAAUCAGAUGUUAACAUCGAGUUGGGCCCAAUUAUUGAAGGACAAGAUGCCCAAGUUUGCAAAUCAAAGAACCCAAAGGAAGAGAUGGUACAAGCACUUCUGAGCAGAGUGACUUGGUUUUUGGCAUUCUUUGUGUUUUUCUAUCAGGGUUCUGAAGUUGCCCUUGGUGGUUGGAUUGUUACAUUCCUCUUGAAAACAAGAGGAGCAAACGUUAGUGCUGGUUAUGUGGCUACAGGAUUCUGGGCAGGUCUCACAAUUGGAAGGCUUAUGAUUACCAGACCAUUGCAUAAGUACAUUGGGGCAAGAAGAGGCGUACUACUUGUGUCAUUGGCCAGUAUCAUUUUUAUUACAUUAUGUUGGGCCAUACCUUCAGUUAUUGCUACGGGUGUAUUUGUCAGUUUGGCAGGUGUAACCAUUGGACCCAAUUAUCCACUUAUGGUCACCUUAUCUACACAAAUUAUUCCUAAAAAGAUUCAGGUAGUAUCAUUGACAAUCAUUACUGCUUUGGGUUGUUCAGGUGGGGCACUUAUUCCAUUUUUGGUUGGUUUAGGUGCUCAAAGUGCUGGUACUUUUGUGGUUUUCCCAAUUUUUCUUGCAUUAUAUGUUAGUAUGAUUGUCUUGUGGCUUCUUUUACCUAACAUUGAACGUACCGUUGCAGCCCAAAAUACCUGGCAAAAGUUUUGGUAA